CACCUGUCACCGCCGCCCCGGGCUGAUUGUCCCGUCGGCGGCCGCAGCGUGGCGGGAGCAGAAGCGCGGCCUCGGACCGCGGCGGCCGAGAGCCGGGAGCGCAGCUGCCGUGAUGUCAAUAGCAGCCCGGGUGCCCCGGCCAAGUUGAUGGCGACUCUCGUCCCCCGGGGUAUGGUCACUGUGCUGCCGGGUUCACACACCUCUCUCUUUGCACGUACGUUACAGGUAGGAAAAUGACUCGCCUGGCACAGGAACUGGAGUUACGACCCGUGGCCCUGUGAGACCUCCAGAAUUAAGAGCAAAUGCCUGGAGAAGUCCAGUUGCACAGAGCAGCGUCACAGCUCUUGUGAACCGUGGGCAUCGACGCUUCUCAGAAUUGCUCCUCUGGCCCUGAGCAUUCUGCCAGCAUUGCUGCCCCACGAAUGGCUACUCAGAGGAAGCACUUGGUGAAAGAUUUCAAUCCUCAUAUCACCUGCUAUAUCUGUAAAGGCUAUCUCAUCAAGCCAACUACAGUAACCGAGUGCCUCCAUACCUUUUGUAAGACUUGUAUUGUUCAACACUUUGAAGAUAGCAAUGAUUGUCCCAGGUGUGGCAACCAAGUGCAUGAGACCAAUCCACUAGAAAUGUUAAGGCUGGAUAACACCUUAGAAGAAAUUAUAUUUAAACUGGUGCCUGGACUUCGAGAACAGGAACUGCAGCGAGAGAUCGAAUUUUGGAAGAAAAACAAACCUCAAGAAAAUGGACAAGAUGAAAGCCCAAAAGCUGAUAAACCCAAAGUAGAUGAGGAGUGUGAUGAAAAUGAAGAAGAUAAAGACUAUCACAGGAGUGACCCACAGAUUGCUAUCUGCCUUGACUGUUUACGCAACAAUGGGCAGUCAGGAGAUAAUGUAGUCAAAGGUUUAAUGAAGAAAUUCAUUCGCUGUUCCACUCGAGUGACUGUGGGAACCAUCAAAAAGUUUCUCAGCUUAAAAUUAAAACUUCCAAGUUCUUAUGAGCUGGAUGUACUAUGCAACGGAGAAAUCAUGGGGAAGGAUCACACUAUGGAAUUCAUCUAUAUGACAAGAUGGAGACUAAGAGGCGAAAAUUUUCGGUGUCAGAACUGCUCAUCUGCACAAGUCUGCUCACUGGAUGGCACUUUUUAUCAGUCUUACCCUAUGGUACUUCAGUAUCGACCUAGAAUUGACUUCGGUUAGACCAAAGGGCCAGAUCCCACUGAGAUGAAUCCUGCACUAUUUGUUUACCCAUCGACAGAUUGCACAAUGAAUGGAUGUGCCUGGAUUAGGGGGACACGACCAGAUUUUCAGCAUGCAAAUAAGGACAUUGUAUUUCUUAAAACUGUCAGUUGCAUCUCUGUUGUUUCUCUUAGAACAAGCCAAGUGCCAUUCUGCUACUGAAAUGUGCAUAAGAUAUUUGUGUAUCUUACUAGUGUGCUGCAAAUCAUAGCCAAAAUCAUGAAGUGUACAGUCAAGAUUCAAAAACCAUGGAAUAGUUUUGCUUGUGUGCUAGAAGAUUUACCUGGUCCUAAUAUUGAUUACACUAGCAAAAUGGCAGAGUGCUCGUUCCAUGCAGUGUUGCAGUUUCACACACUUACUAUUUUACUGAAUAUUGUUGUUUAAAUCAUAGCGUACUGUACAAAUAACUAAGGGUUAUACCUUGAAAAUAUUUUGUAUGGAAAAUAUAUUUAGAAAAGUGGUGAUUGGGCCACUACCUUUUUCUUGAUAAGCUUCUCAUGGGUCCAGGUAUAGCUCACUCAUGAGUGUGCAACAGUCCUUUUGCAGUGAAUGAAGAUUAAUUACCCUUAACAAGAGAUGUAGAACAUGGUAAUUCAAAACAGUAAUUUUAAUUUUUCUAACUAGAUUCUUCUAAUAUUGCAUAAAAGCAUUGCCACCUUUGUGAUUGCACUUUUCUAUGAUUUCCCUAAACAUUGGAAUUUGGCAUACUAGCUAUUUUUGGAAAAUGGCUUCUGGUCAGAGUACAUUUCUUAUGAUAAAACUUCUUUAAAAGCCAACUUUAAAAUAAUGCAAAUGUCUAUGGAACAAAUAAAUUUGACUGUAAGAUUACAAGCAAGGCAAAUUUUUAAUUAAUUAUUACCUUUCCUUUGAAGAUUGGUUGGAGGUAUAUUAAUGCUAAGACAAAAAUAAUAUAUAGCUUUAAUAGCCUUAUAGAUCUCUUGUGAUUAUUCAGAGUUUAGAAUUCAUUACAGAUAUCUUCAUUAGUUUAAGUCACAUCAUAAAACUAUUUCUAUAAAAUUAGAUGUAAUGCAAUACUGAAAAUAAUCAGUCUGACCAAAAUAAUUGUUCAGGUAAUUUUUUUUUUUAAGACCUGGUAUUGCUGGAUAAAAAGUGAGUGUUGCCUUUAGGUAUUGCAAGAAUAAUGGUUCUAGUAUAGAAUGUUUAUUGGUGUUUCUGGUAGUGUUGCAGGAAACAUAGUAACAUUUAUGUUUUCUGUAGUCUUCCAUUGUCUUUGCUCUGUUUAAAAGUCAGUUCAGAUUUUCACUUCAAAUUCUGUGGAGAUACUUACAGUUCAGAACCUUUAUGUAAUUUCUUAAUACACACCUGCUAGUAUUGUAGAAAACUAUUUACUUUGUUAUGCCUUUUGCAUACAGCAAAAAGGAACCAAAUUAUUUUUUCAGAAGCUACUAUGGAGUGAAUUAAUCAUUCUUAGAUAAGACAAAGUAAAAAUUCCAUCAUGGGAUCAAGUACAAAAGGAUAGAUGAAAGGCUGUAACUCCUUUGUAAAUUUAUGUUUGUGUAUAUUAGUAGGUUUCUGUAGGAGAAAUAAGCAUGUUGUGGAUUAAAACUGGCCCCUUUAACUUUAGCAGGAGUUCUAACAUUGGUAACUUGAGUAUUCUGUGGAUAGUCUGGUUGAACUCUACCAAUGCACUCCAAAGCCCAGAUGACAUGCAGAAAUAUAGAGGCUGUUGGUAGCAGUUAGUUUAGGAAACCUGCCAUUGCAGGUCAAGGUUGCACAUAUUGUGCAGAUGCCAGUGAACCUGGAGAAGCAAAAUAUUUAGGAAGCUAUUGCUCCUUUCUGCAGGCACAGUGUGCUGACUGAUACUGCCACUGGUUUGCCCGUUCUGUCUAUGGGAAGGGUUGCGUGUGCUGGCUGCAGGAUGCAGUCAUCUUUUUGCCCACCCAAAUCUAUCAUAUGCUACUUGACAGAAACAAGAAGAUACUCCAUGUAGGGAGGGCUCUUCUCCUCUGCUGUGUGUCUAGGGAAAAAUAGGUUCUUUGUGUCCUCUUAAUGGAGCGGUUUGGAAUAGUAGAGCAUGCAUUCUGAUUGCAAAUCAUUCUUCUCUUUAAGAUACUCACGUCUUUUGUACGGAGGAAAUAGGGUAUUAUUUGUAAAUACUUACGUGCACAUACAGAUGACACCUUACAGUUUUAUAUAUUUCAUGUGUUUUUAUAACAGAAUUUUCACUGUAGAUUUACUUGACUUAAAGCGCCUGUUUCAGUUUUAUCACAAAACUAAUGAUGCUACGCUUCAUUGCAUGGUUCAGAGGAUAAUUUUUUUUCUCAAAAUUGCACUCACUAUUUUGUCAAAUUUGAACAGACUUCUUUUAAAGAGGAGGAAACUAUACAAGUUAUCUUAUGCAGAUGUUUGCAUCCACCUAACAGGACCCCUGAAAGUAGGACUGCUUUGUUUUGACUACUGAAUGGCAACCAGUAGAAGAUUUGACUGUUUAAUCACUUUCUAUAUUCACAACUCAGAGAACUGUGAACUCUCUUCAUCAGAAUUAGGCAUUGGCUUAAUUUAUCCGAUUUUCUUGAUGCAAUUUAAAGAUAUAUUACAGAAGGCAUGGAAAAUACUGACAGAUAUGAUUCGAUGUUCACCUGGGAAUCAUGGCUUUAAAUGCAUUUGAUCUAACUAUUUACACUUCAUGUGUUCCUGAUUUGAUGGCACAGCACCUCAGUGCUGUUAUAGUUUCAUGGGGUUUGCAGCAGUGAAGUGCUAGUGAAAUACGUAUCUUAACUGAGUGGCUUGUAUAACACAGGCAUUGCCUUCUUUGCAGGAAAUUUCUCUCCCAUGUAGUACAUACGUGCCAUGUGUCUACAGAUAUGCACAUCUAAUUCAUUUGUGCCAAUUAAGAAUACCUGAUCAUGUAAACAUAAGGACAUGUUUACAGAUUCCUGUGUGCCAAAGAUGGGGUAAAUUGAAUUGAGCACCUAAGCAUUCCAUUUAAACUGCACCAAAUGCCAUCCUAGAGCAGACUGCUGUAUGCAGCCACUUUCUGAGCAUUUCUGUGACAUUUAAAUGUGUUGCUGCCACUGUGUUUUAUUGGCUUUCCAAUACUUGGCAGUACCCAGCUGCCGAGUAAUGAGACCAAACAAUUCUGCACUACUACCUAACUUUGCUGUCUCUUAUUUUGCACAUUUAGUAUUUUCUCUAAAAGUAAAAAAACUUGGAUUGGCUUUUAAUUCUGAGGUAACUCAUUAAUGAAAGUCUUUCUCUGAGCACAGCUCUAUUCUGCUUUGGUCUAGCAACAAACUGUGAGCUAGAAUUUACUAAAAAGAGUCUGUAUUACAUCAAACAAUAUGGAAUUAGAUGAUUAAUCAAGAAAUGUAUCUUCCAUUGUCCAUUACUCUGCUGCUCAUAGCAAGGGGCCUAGUCCUAUAAACAUAUUGUUUGAGUGAAAUACCAAAAAGGUUGCUACAGUAAUCUGAGAGACUCACCACUGUAGUAGGUACUGUUCACAUGAAAGUUUCUGGGGUUUUGGUCCUAGGAGAAUGCAACCCUAUAAUAUAUUGUGCAUACUCAGCUCUCUUGCAACUAUUAUGCAAAAAACAUGUAUAAAAAGUAUUAUUUUAACUUUACUGAAAGUGUUAUAUAAAGCAAAGUGCCUGAUUAUUAAUACAGAAUACAUUUUAAGCCCAUUAUUUGCAUUUGGCAGGGUAAUAUUUGCUUCUGUGUUUUAUCUAUGGUCAAUAUUUUCAGCAAGAAUUUUUCACAAACAUGCUGUAUCGAGAAAGUUUCAUCAUAAACAAGCAGAAAAUGUGUUCAGUUAAAUAAUUAAAAAUUGAAAACUUACACCUAUCACAAUAGAAACUAUGUGAAAAUAAUUACUUCUGUAUUCCAAUUAUUUAAUUUUAUGCAUAAGGAACCCUUGAAUUCUGGAUAUUGGUCCUUUUACCUGUCAUAGGUUACAACAAUUUGGCUUGACUUUUCUGCACUUAGAGUUUCAGUAAAUCUGCAGGAGAAGAGAGAUUGAUUGCAUUCCCUUUAGAUACAAGCUAGGCUCUUGUCCAGAGUUCCAUGUCAACUCUCCCAUGGAUAAUUGAUAGACAUGACUUUAUGAGAGAAAUAAACAAUUUUUCCUUCUCUGCUGUUUACUACAAAAUGGGUCAGGAUUUAGUCCUUUAAUUGAACUAAUCACAAAGUUGAAUUCUUCCACUUGCCCUUUUUUUAACCUUUUCUUAUCGCUGAAGACACCAAGAGGCAUUCACUCUCCAGAAAAAUGUCCUUGGGAGGACUUGGAGCAAAAGGAGUAGUCUCCAGCUAAGCCCCAUAUUACAUCUGGUAGAAAUACUAGAGAGCAGAUAUUUACUUUAAACCAGUCUUGAGUCUCAAAAUUAACAGACUGAGUCCUUUAGAUAGAGGGGCUACAUAAAAUAUUGGUCAGUUGCAUGGGCUGAUCCCACUCAUUUUUAUCCCAGGAAAGACCAAAUUACAAAAUAAAUGCCUGUUCACAGAGAAUGUAUAAACAGAGAUGCAUAAAUCAAGAGCUUGUUCCAGUUUAUUCACUUAAUCUAGACAGGCUGAAAGCAUCAGUUUGCUCCCAUCAAAAGUGUGUGUAUCAUGCAGGAUAUUCCCCUCUAAUUUUAUUUCAUGCUACUUUAUUUUAUUAUUUGUCUCCAUUGAAAUGUACUCUCUGUCCUGUAAUUCUAGGUUCUUACACAUCUUUUCCCAGUUCCAUACCCCACCCCAUUUCAUGCUCAACAGGUAGAAACAUUGAGCAGUUAAAAAGAAAAAAUUGCACAUGCAGCUUUCAUGGAUUUCAGGAAAGUUUUCAUAGUUCUGCAAUUUGAAUCCUUUAUAGCCAGUUUGAACAAGGUAAUAAUUCUCCAAGGUGUUCAACUGAAGACCCUUGUUUGAGGAAAGAUUGCAGUCUACUGCAUCGUAUUCCAGGGUUAAUUUGAAGACACGAGGGGAUUGAUUCACCCGCAAGGAAAUGUGAAAAGAUAAAAAGAUUCCAACUGCUUGUUUACCACUAGUUUUAUCACAUAUGGGUUUUCUGGCCCUCAGACCUCAGCUGAAACAUCCUUCUGUAGGAAUGUCACCCAAAAGAUGAUCUUAUAAUGGUAAUACGUCUUUCUUCAUAAAGCAAAUUUACCAGUUGAGGGUUUUGUUGGUUUUUUUUUUAAUUACUGUCUGCACUGUCUCUAGACCAGAAUAAAACAUCAGAUUCCAGAAUAGGAAAUUGAUUAAUGAAUAAAUUCUUCACAGAUUCUUCCAUCCAAGGUAUGUGCCAUAAAUUUCCUGAAUUCAAGUAGCUUUCUACUGAAGCUGAGUAAGGACAUCUUUUCAUUCUCUAGGAAGCAAUUUCGAUCCAGCAAUUUAGAUCCAGUCCUGCAUUGUGGUAGUGAAAUGAAGGAGCUCUGUAGACAGGUAGAAAUGUCCAGACUAUCUUUUGUACUGGUAGAAAGAAAUCCAUUACAUUAAUUUUAACCAAAGAGAGACAUUAAUUUGACUUUGCAUGUGCAUCUGAACCAUUAGGCCUACUUUGCUUUGAAGUAAUUUUUGUGUGUGUGUGUGUAUUUUUAGCAAGUGGUUCUAACAAGGUUAAUAAUGUGACAGUUGACAGGCUAAGGUGAACCCAAGUAGUUACUGGUUUCCUCUUUCCCUUAUGAUAGUGAGUGGAAAGCAAAAUAUGUUUGAGAGUAGUUUGCUACACAUUAUACAGAAUUGGUGCAACAAUAAAACAUUUGUGCUGCUAGUUAGGAUACUGAGGUUUGUAUUACAAAGUUGUUAUAAAGAAGUUUAUUAUCGAAGUGCAAGGCACAUAUUUUAUGAUGGUGUUCUACUCCUAAAAUUCUGUUUUGUAUUAAAUUGAGUGUAGUAGAUGUUGUUUCAUGAAUUUGGAUGCUUUAGUGAAACAUACUCCCUUUUUACAGAUAAAUAUCACACACUAAUUGAUUUUAAAUUACUCUUUGUUGUCAGAUAUUUAGUUUGUUCAUUUAAAAAGGGUUUUUAAAAAGAAGAAACUAUUUUUAUGGAUAAUCUGACUGCCUAAUAGUUCUAAAAGACCAAUUUAAUACCAAAGGUAAAGCCACCCAGAAACUGACUUGGCAGAAGACACUGACACUCUUUCUGAAGUGCAGUGGUCAAGAGUUACACCUGGAAUCAUUCAAGCAGAACUGAACUGGUGGUAGCUGCCUAUGUCACCAAGCUAAAGGGUUAGGCACACCUAACAGUUUCCAAGACAAAAGAGAAAAGGGGGGGAAAAAAACCAGGAGGAGCAAAAAAGUUAACAGUCCUAGAGUAGCUCUUUGAGUCAUAGCUGAUGUUCCCGAAGGAAAGCACAAAGGCUUGCAUCACUGAUGUGUCUGCUAUACCUGGCCUGUGAACUAGUGAAAAACUUCAGUGUGCUGUCAAUCCUGCAAACCUUCCAAAGCACAAAAUAUUCACCAAGCUACUUUUGGGGUUUCUAGUUGUAGUUCAGUGAUAUUUUGGAGGGUGGAGAGGACAGACUUGGAGGAUAGUGAGAAGAUAUUAAGUAUGUUUUACAGAUUUUUAUAGAUAUUUUUUUAGCAAAUGGCAUUGUCAUUAAUGUGAGACCAUUGAUUAACAAGAAGUCAAUUUACUUAAUUUGCUUAUUCAGUGAAAAAAGAACAAUGAAAUCUGAGUAUCUUGAUUUCCUUUUCCAGGAUAAUGAUUAAGUAAACUGGAAAGCAAUAGGACAAAUUAAUUACUAAGCUGACUGAAAUAUUUCAAUAUAAAAACUUAUUGAUCGUAAUUUUUUUUCUCAAAUACAAGCUUAGAAUAAACAUGAAGCAAUGCAUCAUUUUUUCUCUUAUUGCAGACUUAACUAUUGAAUGGAAAAUGUUUUGCAUUUUUUUUUUUUUAAUUAAUGCAAGGCCUGAUUUGUUGGAUGUUCCAGGCUACUGAAUAGAUGAUGGUUACUGUCAAUGGAUUAUUUUUUUGGGAUGGGGGCCUAAGUGUCCUUAUAUAAGCUGUGAUCCAAGUUAUGAUAAGAAAGGAGCCUAUGGUGAGCAGUAAUAAGGUUUCAAUGCUUCCUUGCGUUUGAUCAGUAGUUACCAGUUUUUGAUAUAACAGCCCUCACAGUACUUAGGAGCUCAUAGAACAUAUUGUGAUGUUAUGUUGCUAAUCUGUUUUAAAAUAUAAAAUGUUUUAAGCUUUUUGUCAAAAGUGAUAACAUCAUAUUACAAAUAAACCUUUUUGUGGUUGUGAAAUUUAGCUUAUAAAUCAUUCAAAUUGAAGUGAAAAAAAAAACCAGGUCAUUGUUAAUGACAGUCUAUCCUACUAUUAAGAAUAUAUGUAUUUUUGUAAAGGAAAAGCACUUGUAGAUAUUUAAUCAGUCCAAUAUCUUAUCUAUGUUAAUGUUUUGAAAAAAGAGAAAACAAAAUGCUGCUUAGAGAAUCACUUACAUAUUUUUAUUUUUUUGUGCUCAGAUGCAUUUUCUGUUGAUUUAUGGAAUGUUUAUUCUGUGUGAAGCUGUAUACUUAGUACAGCUGGGCUAAAUGCAUUUCUUAACUUGAUCAGUUGUAUCUGACUGAUGAUACAUUUUCUAUCUGAUCAGAAUGCCAAUUGCAAAACAGACUAAUGGUGCUGGUUUUCAUCUUUGAUAUUAGCUUUAUCCUGCCUUAUAACAUUUAUACUUCAUAAUAAUUAUAAAACUACUUCUAACUUUUGUGAUGUUUGGAUAGAUGCUUUAGGGCAUAUUUGAUUAUUCAGUUGUGUAUUGUUAUAAACAUUUCAACAAAACGGUCACAAAAUUCUACAUAGAGUAUUUAAAAAAGAAUUGCCCAAAUGAAAACAUAUGCCAGGUAAUUAUAAUUUUUCAUGUUCAGUAGUUAUUUUCCUGCAAAGGAAACUGCUGCUGGACAUGUGCAUGGAACAUGAUGGCAUCACUAAGGUUUCUGAGCAUUUGCACAAAUAAUAUAUUUUAAAUUCAUUAUAAUUCUUUUAAUAUUAUCAGCUACUUGAAACCUCACUAUUAACUGUAUUUUGAUUCAAAGUACUGGAUUAACACAGUUUCAAGGAAAAAAAAAAGCAGUAAAGUAAAGGAUUUUAUUAAAGUACAGUAAAGAGUGAUGAACACAUUUAUUUGUAGUUAUUAGUGUACAUUCCAAAAUCUGUUUACUUACUUCAGUGGAAUUCUGUAGGGGUCUACUCUGUGGGCCUGAUGCUAAGUUGAGCUCUUCAGCUUGGCCUCGAUGGAGCUACUUUCUUUAAUUAUCCUUGUAGUUACAACUUGAAAUGACCCAGAACUCCUACUUCAACACUGAAUUUCCUUUCAUGGCAGGCUAAUAUUGUUUCAAUUUCAUCUUAUUAUAUUAAUCUUCCCAUAAGUAAGUAAGUUUGGCAUCACUGAACAUGUACGGUAGCAGUAGAAUUCAGUGCUAUAAACCCAGCUGAGUAAAUACUUGCUGAGUAAAUAAUUGUCAAAUGAGGGGAGAAUUGUACUCAGACUGUGGACAUUUGCAACAGCACUAUCUCAUUAAUAUGCACACUCCACAAAGAUCUGCAAGUAAUUAGGUUUUGAUGGAUUUUAUUAUUUGAAUAUUGUCCAUUUUGAUGAUUUUUGUGAAGACCCAAUUUCCAUAUGAAUUCCUCGGGGUUAACAGCUCAGGGUCCACAAAGUAGCACGUUAAAAACUUUAUAUAUUUGAUCAAUGAGUGCAAUACCAGUACUACUGUACUACCAGUCUUUCUUCUGAGGAAUCAAAUAUUUUGUGUUUUGGAGUACUUAAAGCAUUGUAAAUUUCUCCCAGUUCUGCCAAAGGAAUGGCAUUUUUAAUCUGUGUUAAAAUCCUUAGAAGCCAAAUGGGGCCCUGGGAAAAAACAAAACUUCUCUAACUGAGUCAGCACCAGUGAGCACUUAGGUAAGGGAAGCGUUGGUACUGGGGGCUAUGGGCAAAACCCCGUGGUCCUGCCUCCUGGUGUAGAGUGAAAUGUGCCUGUUCAAAGCUGCAUCUACAUUUGUAAACAAGAUUGAUGUUAAACCACAGCUCGUGAAAACACUGUAAAUGGCCCUUUUAGAUUCUUAUGUAUAAAUGUAUCUGAUAUGUCAUGAUAUUUUUAUCUAUUCUACCUUUAUGGCUCAGUACCGGUGAUGUUAAAUUGAGCACUUCAUGCUAAUGUCAAGAAUGGUCACAGCACCUUUGUAACAGCUGAUAGCAAAUGACACUUCAGUCUGACCUGUAUGCUGCAAAAUGCCACUAGCCCAGCUGGAUUAAUUUCAUGAAAAGUCUAGAUGAGCAAGAAGUAUAACUAAUCUGCUUACUAGCACUGAAUUGCUCCUUUCUCAAAGCAAUAAAUAUAUUCAUGUUGUAACAUCUGUUGUGCAGCCUAUAAUACGAGUUGUUUUGUUGCAUUGUUUCUAUAUAAUUUAUUUUGUGCAAUAAAAAAAUCUCUGGUUUUAUCUGA